AUGCAGAAUAUUAAAAGUGAACGACGCCAGCACCAGCCCGUCACUAAAAUGACCGAGAAGAAGGCCAAGGGUCCAACAGUGACACCCCAACUGGCUCGUAUGAGGGGCCAGUGGGUGCAGGAGACGACGGAGGUCACCAUCAAAGCUCCUAACACCUUGUUAGGGGUUGUGAAGGGGUCCAAGGACCAGCCCCUACGGGUUGUAGGGCUAGAUAAAGGCCUCGUCCACGACGCCGCGGAUCACAUAAAAGCCCUGGUUCAAAAGGCUGUGACCACGACAAAGGGGUCCAAGGACCAGCCCCUACGGGUUGUAGGGCUAGAUAAAGGCCUGGUGCACGAUGCCGCGGAUCAUAUAGAGUCCUUGAUGGCCUAUGAAAAGGAAAGGCGGCGUCUCAGUACGCCAGUGUCACAAACGGUGUUCAUCCCUAAGGCCCACCACGGCCUAAUAAUUGGCAGACAGGGUCAAAAUAUACGGUACCUAUCACUAACCCGUAGAAUAACCAUCGUUCUGCCCCCCAAAAAUGUUAUAAGCGAUGAGGUCACUGUGACCGGUCUCCCUGACCAGGUGGACCAAGGUAAGGGGUCCAAGGACCAGCCCCUACGGGUUGUAGGGUUAGAUAAAGGCCAGGUGCACAACGCCGCGGAUCACAUAAAAGCCCUGGUUCAAAAGGCUGUGACUACGACAGUGACCAUCACUGCUCCUAACAACAUGUUAGGGGUUGUGGUAGGCCCAGGUGGCUCUACCAUAAAAGAGAUUCAGGAAAAGUACAGAGUUCGCGUCUCUGUCCCGCAGAAGGGGUCCAAGGACCAGCCCCUACGGGUUGUAGGGCCAGAUAAAGGCCUCGUCCACGACGCCGCGGAUCACAUAAAAGCCCUGGUUCAAAAGGCUGUGACUACGACAGUGACCAUCACUGCUCCUAACAACAUGUUAGGGGUUGUGGUAGGCCCAGGUGGCUCUACCAUAAAAGAGAUUCAGGAAAAGUAUAAGGUUCGCGUCUCUGUCCCUCAGAAGGGGUCCAAGGACCAGCCCCUACGGGUUGUAGGGCCAGAUAAAGGCCUGGUGCAAGAUGCCGCGGUUCAUAUAGAGUCCUUGAUGGCCUAUGAAAAGGAAAGGCGGCGUCUCAGUACGCCAGUGUCACAAACAGUGUUCAUCCCUAAGGCCCACCACGGCCUAAUAAUUGGCAGACAGGGUCAAAAUAUACGGUACCUAUCACUAACCCGUAGAAUAACCAUAGUUCUGCCCCCCAAAAAUGUUAUAAGUGAUGAGGUCACUGUGACCGGUCUCCCUGACCAGGUGGACCAAGGUGUAAGAGACCUGGUUAACCUGGUCAAAAGCUCCACCCACAUUUGUUACAACUCUGACUUCUGA